UAAGUCACUUGAUCCACACACUGCAAAGUUUGUUCAUAACAUUCCUUUGUGAAAUAAGAGUGUUAUAAAAGCAAUCUGGUGAAAUAAGACAGCUAGAUUUCCUAAAUGGCUUCCAAAGGAAAAAAAUCAGUAGCAGUGGAGAUCCCGGAGUGCCCAAUAUGCCUGGACACUAUGACCAUACCGGUGUUCCUGUGCCAGUCGGGGCACAGUCUGUGCAACUCAUGCACGCUGGCGCUGUGCCCUCCAUCAUGCCCCAUCUGCCGACAACCCAUGACGCAGAUGAGGAACCGCUCCCUUGAGGAACUCAUUAACAAGGCCAAGUCGCCAUGCCCCAACCAGAGCGCGGGCUGCGUAUUUUCGCUGCCCGGCCCGGCGAUGGCCGACCAUCUCAAGGAAUGCCUGUUCCGUCCGCGCGAGUGCCCGCACGCGGUCUUUGGCAGAUGCUCCUGGAAUGGUGAUGUAAGGAAGAUGAUGGAGCAUUUUAAAGAGAAGCACCCGGCCCACUGCGUGGCCGAAGUGGACCGCGAGGCGGGCUGGAGGUUGCAGGUGGAGCAACUAGACUUGAAGGAGUGCGCGCGGCACGUGUUCCUCGCCGCGCAGCAAAACUUUCUCUUCAUCAUCACCCUCAAGGUGGACACCAUCCAGCGCAUGGCCUACUGGGUGAUCCAGCAUAUCGGACAAAAGAAAAUCGCCCAACAACACCUCUACGAAAUACAGGUCACCAGCGGACGCGACCAGCAGCGCAAAGUUGUCUUCACCGAGCACUGUCUCAACGACAGCUUGAAAGCCGAUGAGGUGUUCCGACAGGCCAACUGCGCUGUCAUGCCUUUAGACAUGCUAACCCAUUUCAUAAAGGAUAAGACACUUUCCUUCCGUUUUGUUAUUAAGAGGUUGAAUAGAGAUAAUAAAGAGAAUGUUCAGGCUCCAAGUAGUAGGGAGUCCUCUGUUUCCAGGGGCCGGGAUGCCUCGCAGGGCCCGGAGACGAGAGGCCCGGGGCCAAAGCCACAUUGGAAGAAACAUCCAGGACAGAAACCUGGUCCUAAGAAAUUCACAAAGGCUCAGGCUUAAAUAUUAGUAUUGUUAUGCUUUUUAGAGUUUUAAGUUAAUUAAUGGCAAUAUUGCCAAUGUACUUAUGUUUAAGAAUUUUAGCAUACAGUACUGAGAACAUCAGGUAUUAUGCAUGUAGAGAAUAAAGACAGAAUGGUAUAGCAAAUUGUAACAUUGUGGUAUUAUGUUAUCAAACUUUUUUUAGGGUCCAUAUUGGGUCGCAUAAUAAUUGAUUGCCCUAAUGUAAUGUUACGCAUAAAACUCAUUUCGCAUAAUUUUUAUUGUGCUGAAAAUUUUAACAUCACUGAAAAAUUAUGACACAAACCUAACCUAACCUACCCUAUUCCACACAACCUCUUCAAAAUAUUUUCGAAAAUACUUUCUGUUUCAGCUGGAGAAAAAAUAUGCGAUAAGAGUUUUAUGUGUAACAUUACAUUAUGACAAUCAAUUAUUAUGCGACGAGAUAGGAUCCCUUUUUUUAACAUGACAUUUAUAUUAUAUAUAUACAAGUAAACAUGUAUAAUAAACACAGAGGUUGGGAGUUAAAAUGUAUUUCAAAGUAUUUGUAAGUUGGUUUGGUUUUAGUAGCCUAAGCCUAAUGCAUAUAAUGCUAAUAGUAUUUGGAUUUUUAUAUAAAAUUCGAGAUACAAUAUUAGCUUCUAAUUUAUUUUGUAAUUGGCACUUCAAUCUUAUAAACUUUACUCUGCUUCAGUCAGGUUAGGCUCUAAUAUUAUGAUUAAUUAAUUAUUUUUAAGGUUCGUUAAGAAUUAUUUUACUAAUUAGAUGAUCCUGAUAAUAAUGACUGGUUUUCUUUAAAUCAUGUGGUAACAAUCACUAACAAUUAGGGAGUGAGGCAGAAGUAACUAAAUCAAGUACAUUUUAAUUCUUUAUUAAAUAUGUUCAAUUGUUCA